CGGAGAGCGUGUGCUCGGCGACCGCGGGCUUGGCCAGCGGCGCGCGCUUGGCGCCCGGCGCCCCCAGCCCCACGCGCGCCGGGCAGGCGCCAUGGAGGAGGGCUCCAGCUCGCCCGUGUCCCCCGUGGACAGCCUGGGCACCAGCGAGGAGGAGCUCGAGAGGCAGCCCAAGCGCUUCGGCCGGAAGCGGCGCUACAGCAAGAAGUCCAGCGAAGAUGGCAGCCCGACCCCGGGCAAGCGCGGCAAGAAGGGCAGCCCGAGCGCGCAGUCCUUCGAGGAGCUGCAGAGCCAGCGCAUCCUGGCCAACGUGCGCGAGCGCCAGCGCACCCAGUCGCUCAAUGAGGCCUUUGCGGCGCUGCGCAAGAUCAUCCCCACGCUGCCCUCGGACAAGCUCAGCAAGAUCCAGACGCUCAAGCUGGCCGCCAGGUACAUAGACUUCCUCUACCAGGUUCUUCAGAGCGACGAGAUGGACAAUAAGAUGACCAGCUGCAGCUACGUGGCCCAUGAGCGCCUCAGCUACGCCUUCUCCGUGUGGCGCAUGGAGGGCGCGUGGUCCAUGUCCGCCUCCCACUAGCGCCGCGCCACCCACGUCCGGACCGGCGCGCCAGGACUUUCCCGCGGGGCUGAGGCGCAAGUGGACUUGGGAUGCAUCCAAGUCUGUAACUUCUGAAACCUGAACAACCUCAAGGCAGCCUCCCACCCACCGCUGCUCUCCAGCAAAGCCUUCAGACAAGGGGACAGCAGCAGCCUCGACUGGAAGACCCCAGACUGCGCAGCCUCCUCCCCCAGAGACGGUCCCCGCAGAGGAAGUGGCCCUCACGGUCCUUCUUGCCGGUGACAUGCUCAGUGUCAUCCUUGCCACUGUUGGAUUUUUCUUCUGGGUUUUAUUGUUUUUUUUGGGGGGGGGGUUAUUCUUUCUGAAAAUCUCUAGAUUCAGGAACACAUUUAUGAGGAUUUGGAUGUUGGAUUUGUAUUUCCCUCUAAGUGCCUUUUUUAAUGUAUAUUUUUUUAAUAAAACAGAGAUGCAUUCCUGUACAAUUCUGUUUAAACUGGACCAGGGCUCUCAGAGAAAGACCCUCGCGUUCCCUUCCCACCCCUAAACCUCUGCAUGGUCGUUUCAAGUAAGCCUGGAAUUCUUCUCCCCACUCUGCUCUUUCUGUUUCCCCGUGAUUUUCUCAGCUAACCAUUUUUUUUUUUUUUAAUUUUCUGUUUCAGUGUAUAUGUUGCUUAUUUGUUUUAUUUAUUGAGAUAUUUUUAACAAGCUCAGUGACUGCAAUGUGGCUAUGUAUACUGCUCCCCCUCCCAGGAACAAUAAAGAUGUCUG